AUGUCUGUCUCUGCAACUGAACUAGACGAUGCGCUGCGCAUACUUCGGGACGAGAGUAAUGCACCAGGUAGUGAGAUCAGAGGUACAGCGCAGGUAGCAGGCAAAUGA